AUGGCAUCUAAGAAGCCCUCCAAUGACGGUGUUCGGACGGCAUCGUCCAGCAACAAAUGGACAACUGCAGCUGUGCUGCUUCCCACCCUGCUCUUUGGAAUCGACAAGUGGUCUCACAUCAGCUCGAAGUUCUCACUUGACCAAUGGCAACUUGCUCAAAUGGUACCAAGCGCCAUCAUGCCAGAAGUCAAGACCGCCAUGCCAAACAUCACGGCCGCUCGAACAGAAAUGGCGAAUCGAUAUGCACAAGGAUGCCCAGAUCAUCAGUACAGCACUCGACUCUUGUCCGCAGAUCCACUUGUUAUGUAUAUCGAGGGCCUAGUUACACAAGAAGAAGCCGACUAUCUUCUAGUCCUGGCAGAGCCGUACUACAUGGCUUCACCCCUAUCAGGGCCCAUGGGACGAACAUACAACAAUGAAUAUCGAAAGUCAGUCUCUGCGGUCGUACCAGACGAUCCCGUCGUCGCUUGUAUUCGAAAGCGAGCGGCAGAUUUCCAGGGCUUCAUGCCUGUCGGACACGUUGAAGAUAUCCAGCUCGUCAAGUAUGGGACGAGUGACGAGUUCCGACCACACUUCGACUGGCAUCCAGGUAUGCUGAAUCCACGUGUCUCAACAUUCUUCGUAUAUCUGGCCUGCGAUGACAAGGAGAACGGUGGAAGCUGCGAGGGCGGUGAAACAGGCUUUCCACGCUGGUCAGGGCUCUUCGCAACAGAAUGGUGCAACCAGGGCUUCGUCGACUGCAAGCAGUCGAAGGAAGGCGGAAUCUACUUCCCGCCUGUGAUCGGCAACGCUGUGUUCUGGCACAAUUUCUACCCCAACGGAACUGGUGUCGAUGGAACAUAUCAUGCAGGCAUGCCUGUGAGGAAGGGUCGAAAGGUUGGACUGAAUAUCUUCAGCCGGAAGAAUGAGUACUUUUCUGAGAUUCUUGAGAUUCAUGACAGGAAUCAGUUGUCAGAAGCCGACAGGAAACGAUGUGACGCUGAGUCGAAGGAUGGACCGUGCUACGUAGAGGUGCUUUAG